AUGUUUCAAGAUCUUCAAGGCUCCAACAAUCCUUUUGAGGAUGCCGUUGAGAUACCCACGAUGGAUUUGGACGAACGAGUGGGUGAGAUAGAGUCAGACACGGAUAGCGGAAAAGUUUUACUCUAUCCUGCUGUUUCCACCAAUUUUCCUUUCAAAACUUCAGAUAGACUGUUGGACGAUAUAAGGAUAGAUUUAUGUUUUACAAACUCUCAGGAGCAUGACAUUUUAUACUCGCAUUUGCAUAAUGGAGUCUUGAAGCUUCCCCUAUUGGAGUAUUCACGGAAGAGAAAUGGACAACCCUGGUCAAUAGGGUACCUUAUCGAUCAAGUGUCUUUAAAGACCCGUUAUGAGUAUGACUCUAUAACAUGUCCUCAAUUAAACAAGGUAACGGUUUUUAUGGGUGUUUUGUGCGAUCAAUCUGUGAAGCCCAUGUCAUAUGACGAUCUAAGCGAAACAUCUAUUUAUCACUUGAAGGUUACUGUUAAAACUAGAUCGCAUUUAGAACGCACAAAACGGUAUACUGGCAUCACACAUUAUCAUUUGGUAGAGAAAUUGCAUCCUUAUGAUGAAAAGGACGUUUUUCUUUUAAAGAAAGGUGAUGAAAGACUGGUUGACUCAGCUAUCUAUGUGUCUAGUGACUCGAACAAACUGGUAUGCAUUGAAAUAUUGACACCCGAGUUUUCCACUGAAGAGUUAUCUGCUUUUUCAUCAGAUCACAUCAAGAAAAGGUAUUUAGAAGCGUGCGAAAACUUUACUGACUUAGAUCGAGACAUGAUCCCUACACAGGCAGAGUGUUUUAACACACUUUUCAAAAUAUUCAAGGGUCCUCUUAACCGACAAAGCUCAGAUGAUGUGCUCAAGACGAUCUCAGCUGAAAAUAAGUUCCUAAAUUCUCAGCUCGAACCCAGUUGGCUUACAGAAAAGUAUGGAUUCCAACUGAUCGAAACUACUGAAGAAGAAACUGGAAAGAUUAUUCCAGAAUUUGAACCUCCAGACUUGACAGAUUAUGUUAACGAUUUAAAAGUUCGAGGUGUGAGGGAAUCAUAUAUUAGAAGAUGCCUCGAGUUGAUAUUCCUCGGAAAGAUGUCAACUAAUUUAAUGCCCAAGGGAGAAUUAUCCAAGAACUCAAAGGCAAGGUUUUUCAACCUAUACCAAACAAGCAUUUCGACAGCAUUCUGGUUUCAUCUCUUAGGAGAAUCAAGAGACAUACAUAACCAAAAGUCUUCUUCUCUAGAUUCCAAUUAUCAUUUCAUGAAUUUGUCUGUUUGCCACAGUUAUUCUGAUAAAGACAUCAUAAGAAAUUACGAGACGCAAACUGUGUUAGAUCGCGAAAACGUGGGGGUCUAUUAUGACUCCUUGAGUUAUGUUGCAAAUACUAAGGGAAGCUAUCAACUUAUCGCAUACUGCGGAAGACAGAAUGUUGUAGGAAAAGAAGCUCUUGAUACGGCUCUCAUGUUGUUCGGAAUUGAUUCAACCGACACUGACGUAAAGGUCAUUCCAGAUGAUCUUCUGAUAAGUAUUUACAGGAAGGAAUCAAACUCUACUAGUGGUAAAAAACGCAGCGAUUUGAAGAAUGCUUUGAGACUACUGGCAAAAUUCAAAGGUAGCCAAAAGUUGAAAUUUUACGCUGAUUAUGAGCCAUACGAUGAUGUUCGCCAAGCCUAUCAACUGCUUGAGAUUGAUGAAUCGGUCGACAAUGAUGUUAUACAGACUGCUUAUACUGUGCGAGUUUCAGAUUCUCCAGGUUUGAAAAUGGAUUGCGACAGAGCACUUUACACUUUGGCAGUUUCCAAGAGAAGUAUGGCUUUAUUUAAUUUUCUCGUUCAAGAAUGUUCCUCCUUCCAAAAAUACUACAGCUCAGAUGAUUGCUCAUAUUCUGAUGCUCUUUGUAUACUACAAAUUAAUGAGAAUGCUACUGAUGACGUCGUUUUAGAAGUUUUCCAACGCAAAUGGAAUCAUGAGCCUAUUGCAUCCCCAGAUCAAUUUCUUACCUUAAGAGCGGCUCUAAUGAAACUGGGUAAUGAAAGAAACUCGAAAUUGAUUAAUCAUUAUUUGGAUACAGGCGUUAUUGACAUUGGCUGUCUUCCAGCGGGAAAUUGGCCAACUGGUUUGAAUAACAUCGGAAACACAUGCUAUUUGAAUUCUUUGCUUCAAUACUACUUUUCGAUUGCACCUUUGAGACAGUUUGUUCUAGACUACCAGAAAACGUUGACCGACUUUCAUCUUUCAUUGGGUAACCUCAAAGACAAAAGGAGGAUAGGUGGCAGAGAAGUUAGUGAGGCUGAGGUAGAACGAUCAGUUCAAUUUGUUUAUCAACUUCGAGACCUAUUUAAUGACAUGGUUCACACAAAGGAGCGCUUCGUUACGCCUAGGAAAGAAUUAGCAUAUUUAGCCUUCGCACCUAGUAGUGUUGAGGUUGAGUUUGAGGGUACAUCGACUGAAAGGAUAUCUCACCCGGCUGCGUGUAGCAAAGUUGAAAUAAUAGAUCUUACCGCAGAUAAUGUGGCCGAAAAUGACAUUGUAAUGACAAGCUCUUCCCCUUCGCAUCUUGUGGAAGUUGCAUCAGAUAGUACUGCUGACAAUAAAAUCACAGAAGAGAAAGAUAACGAUAUUAUAAUGACAGGAACGGAAGAAAGUGAGCCGCUCUUGACCUCAACGCGUGUAGCCAAAAUUAGUACUGAUCAAUUGGAAAACGCUCUUGAGAUGGGUAGGCAGCAAGAUGUAACCGAAUGCAUUGGGAAUGUCUUAUUUCAACUUGAGAGUGCGUCGGAUCCUAUUAGAUUAGACAGUGAUGGCGAACAGUACGAUUUAAUCAAGGAACUGUUCUACGGUAAACUAAAGCAAGAUCUGGUUCCAAUCGGCAAUCCAUCAAAGGUGAGAUCCAAAAUGGAGAGAUUUGUCUCUCUCCUUGUCAACGUUGGAGAGCAAUCCAAGGAUGUCUAUGACGCACUUGACCUGUAUUUCAAGGACGAUGUUUUGCAGCUGGAAGAGGAUGGUGAAGUUCAAAGAACAGUUUCUAUCACAGAGCUGCCAAACAUUCUACAAAUUCAAAUUCAAAGAGUAUACUAUGACCGUGAAAGAUUCAUGCCGUUCAAAUCGAUUGAACCUCUACCCUUUGGAAACAAGAUUUACAUGGAUAGAUACAUGAACUCAACAGAUAUUUCGUUAACUGCAAAAAAAAAUGAAACUGCAAAACUGAAAGAACAGCUCCAAACUCUGAAGAAUAGGAAAAAGCAGUUGCUCGUAAAGAAUGAAAGUGGUAUGACUUAUAAGGGAUCUUUAUUGGAAACGAAAAAAUUACUGGAAUCUGAAAUAUUAGAAAAAAAUGAUAUUUUAGUAGAAGACAAAGAGAAAGUCAUCAAAGGUAUAGAUGCGGUGAUUAUGAGAAUUGACAAUGAACUAGCAACAAUAUAUCAAGAACUAAAUCUUCUGGAGCAGAAGAUCGCACACCAAUUCGAUGAGUUCAAAAAUUUUGGCUACACUCUUUUUGCAGUAUUCAUUCAUAGGGGAGAGGCGAGUUACGGUCACUAUUGGACUUACAUAAAGGACCACAAGAAAAAUGGCAUAUGGAGAAAGUACAAUGACGAGAGCGUCACGGAAGCUCCAGAAAGCGAGGUUUUUAAUUUCACCGAGGGGAACACCGCAACCCCUUACUUUCUUGUUUACAUCAAAGAAGGUCACGAAGAUGAAGUUGAGCCUCUUAAAAGAAUAGUCACUGAAUAG